AAUAAGAAGAAGAAUACUGACGAAUGUGCUCUUGUUUAUCGCCUCUGUGGCUGAUCUGAUACAACACGCUUUCAACAUGGCUGCGCCCGCAAAGAGCAUGGAUGCCUCAGUCUCAGUUACUACGGGUCAACUGGCAACUGUUUCAGCAGCGGAAAAUGUUCCACUACAGUAUAGUCUUAUUCUGGAUCACCUUAUGGGUGACAAAAGGCCAAUCAAAGACUUGAAUCCGACUGUCAUGGGUGCUUUACCGAGUCCUCAGAAAACAGAGGAGCAGAAGAUGAUCGAGAGGGGAAUGGAGAGCUGCGCGUUUAAAUCACUCAUAGCAUGUGUCGGAGGGUUUGUGUUGGGAGGUGCUUUUGGUGUCUUCACAGCCGGUAUUGACUCCAACGUCGGGCUUGAUCCCAAAGACCCCCUAAGGACCCCCACAGCAAGAGAGGUGCUGAGAGACAUGGGACAGAGAGGAAUGUCAUAUGCUAAAAACUUUGCUAUUGUGGGUGCUAUGUUUUCAUGCACGGAGUGUCUCAUAGAAUCACAUCGUGGGAAAUCUGACUGGAAAAAUGCAGUGUAUAGUGGCUGUGUUACAGGAGGAGCCAUUGGAUUCAGAGCUGGUCUUAAAGCUGGAGUUCUGGGCUGUGGAGGUUUUGCUGCUUUCUCUGCUGCUAUUGAAUACUAUCUCCGAUGAACACCAGCUUCUGGACUGUUACCGUGUACUGUUGUGAGUUCCUCACAGUAUAAUGGAAGACAUUAUCACGGGGGACACUGUGCAAUCUUCUUCUAUCCCAGCAAUCAAGAGGCGUUCCAUCCUUCCGGAAGAGAUUCGGUUGUGGACCAAUAGGACACCAAACUCAAGCAGAAGUUUUGUAUAAGUUUUGUUUAUUCUGAGGGGUGUCUUGAUCAUUCUGUCUCAGACCACCUAAAAACCUCCAAUAUUUGUACAUAAUUGUGUCUAAAAUGUCAUGCUUUGUGCUGGCUGAUGCACUGAGCUAAAUGAGAUCAAAUGUAUAGUAGUACACCUUGUCUGUGGAAAAAAUAAAGAGUGGUAUUAAGUAUUUACUGAAGAUCAGGGUGUAAUGGGGCAUAAAAUCUUCAUAUUUGUUCACACUUGUCACCUUUAUUAUGUUAUGUACCCUAGUAGUGUUCCAGUGAAAUAUUGACACACACACUACUCAGUUUAAAAGAAUUCACCAAAUCAGAUUUAUUUUCUUCCAAAGUAGUGUUUGGAUUUACAAGUUUCCAGAAAUUAAGCUCAAUCAAGUGUUUAUAUUAGUUUCACUCUGAAGCCCCUUUCAAAAAAGGAGAGUUCUUGAAAUGUCAUUCUACAAACAAACAAACAAACAGAAACCUAAAUAUAUGAAAUCUGAUACAUUAUAUGUGUGAAAAUCAAAAUGUUAUCAAAAAUAAGAGGCAGGGAGUGCUAAAGGUUGUGCAUUAGGAAAUCUAAAUGGAUUCAUGCUUCGAGGUCAAGCUGACAUGGCAAGGAAGUGCGUUUUCCUCACCAGGAAACCGAUAAUGCAAACAUGCUUUCUGGCUACUUCCCAGUUCUCUGAAAAGGUUCCUUUCCCACUGGCCUCUAAACAAGAGUUAAUAUGCUGAAUUGAGUUUGGAGAUGCAACCAAGUUGGAAUCUUAUGUGUACAUUUUGUUAAAGCUUUUUUGGACCAUGCAAAAAUCUAGACGAGUAACACAGAUUUAAACUGACCUAAGAUUAAGCCCACAUUGUCCAAUCGUGUCUGUUUUAUGAGGAAAGGAUGCCGUUCAGAAAACUGGGUAACAUUACAGACCUUUAGAUUUCCUUUAAAUUAGUUUCAAGAUUGCAAAUAUAAAGACAACACAGCAAGCAUACAGAAAACGAUUUUAAGACUUAGAAGCAUGUUUAAAGGACGUUAGCUGUAACAAUUUAUUCAAAUUAUACACUGAAAUCAAACCUACUAGCAUAAAGAAUUAAUGUGUACAUUACACUGUGAUACAAAGGUUUAUCUUAGUUUUGUGUAAUGUAUUUGAACAUUAAAAAAAAAAAAGUGAGCAGAGAUGGCCACAACCUAAAACACCACCGCCCAGGGCUGCUGUGCACUGAGCUUGUAUCAAUAUCACUCACAACUUUAAUACAAGGCACUGUAUUUACGAUAAUCCAGACAACGCAUGAUUUGGGGGUAAAACAAAACUUUUAUAGAUAUCAUCAUAUUUAUUAUAGCUUAAUUUUCUAUCCUCAAGACUUUUCUGCAUAUAUUUGCCUUCAUCCAUUCCUGUUACAACCAUCACUAUAAAGCUCCAAACAAAGCACCCAUCAAACCAGCCUAGUCUAGUUUUGAUAUGUAUUAAAAAUCUGAGCAGCUGAUAACAAUCCUGAACAUCUACAUCUCUUAUUCCUCCACUUCAGUCCUUCUCACAAAACCUGUUAAAAACAUGCCCAAGUCAUAUAUUUAAUAUUUAAGAAAAUCCAUUUCA